AUGGCGGACGAAGCAGGCCAAGCACCCGCGCUCGACAACCUGAGUCUCGCCGAUAAGGCGCCUGCCUCGAAGGCCGUCGGCCAGGUCGUUACCCCGUUCGAUGUCUCUGGCGGCGUUGACGAGAGUGGCAAAUUGUUGCCUGUCGACUAUGACAAGCUGGUGCGCGAGUUUGGAGCCACCCCGCUCACCCCGGAUCUGCUCGAGCGGUUCGAAAAGGUCACCGGCCACCGUCCGCAUCGCUUCAUGCGCCGCGGCAUUGUGUUCAGCCACCGCGAGUUGACCAAGAUUCUGGACCGUCAUGAGAAGGGUCAGCCUUUCUACCUCUAUACCGGCCGUGGCCCGAGUAGCGACAGCAUGCACGUGGGACACACUGUUCCAUUUGAGUUCACCAAGUGGCUUCAGGAUGUUUUCGACGUUCCCCUCGUUAUCAUGAUGACCGACGACGAGAAAUACAUGCACUCCCAGAAGAUUGAAGUGGAUGACGCCAAGCGGUACACCAAGGCGAAUGCUCGGGAUAUUAUAGCUGUUGGUUUCGACAUGAAGAAGACCUUCAUCUUCAGUGACUUUGAGUUCGUUGGCGGUGCCUUCUACGAGAACAUUUGUCGAAUGGCCAAGCGCAUCACUAUCAACCAAGUGCGGGGUACAUUCGGAUUCAAUGACAGCAACAAUAUUGGCGAGUUCCACUUCUGUGCGACCCAAUCUGCCACUGCCUUCGCAACCAGCUUCCCUCAAAUCUUCGGCACUGACCGGAAGAAGGUUUCUUCUAUUCCCUGCCUAAUUCCGUGCGCCAUUGACCAGGAUCCCUACUUCCGUCAAUGCCGUGAGCACGCCGAGAAGAUGAAGUACAAGAAGCCCUCUCUUAUCCACGCUAUCUUCCUGCCCGCCCUCCAGGGCCCCGGCUCCAAGAUGUCUGCCAGUGUUGACUCCUCUGCUAUCUUCAUGAACGACACCCCCAACAAGAUUAAGAACAAGAUCAACAAGUUCGCCUUCUCGGGUGGUCGGGAAACCGCUGAAGAGCACCGUGAGCUAGGUGGUAACUCCAAGGUCGACGUACCCUUCCAGUACCUGACAUUCUUCCUUGAGGAUGAUGAGGAGCUCGAGCGCAUCCGUGUCGCCUACGAGAAUGGCGAGAUGCUGACCGGCGAGAUGAAGCAGCGCUGCAUUGCUGAGCUGCAGGAGUAUGUCAAGGGUUUCCAGGAACGUCGCGCUAAGGUCACUGACGAGGUUGUGGCCGAGUUCAUGCGCCCCCGCGCCUUGGAAUGGAAGGGAAACCCCAACCCUGUCGUGGCUGAGAAGAAAUAG